UGCUCAACUUGUUUACGAUCUUUUAAUUCCAAACGAUUUUUAGACAUUCAUUUGGAAGUGAUUCAUAAAGAAAAACAAUUGUGUUGUGAAAAAUGUUCCGAAUUCUUUGAUUCUGAAGAGGAUUUGAAAAAACAUCUGAAAUUCCAUAAUAAUCAUUAUAACCCAAGAUACUGUAUAAUUUGCAGCCGAACGUUUAAAUACAGUAAGGCAGUUGUAGAUCAUGUCCAACGCCAUGCAAGUAUUAAAACUGCAGAGAGCUCAGAGAAAAGCAUGAAAUGCGAUAACUGUUCAAAAUCAUUUCGAAGUUCUGUUGGUUUGCGGCUGCACAUGCAAAAAGCUCACAAUGCAAAGCAUAAAAGUAACAACACUUGUACAAUCUGUGAAAGAGUCUUUGAGAACAAGACUGAUUUAAAGGCCCAUAAACAAACUCAUGUUGGAACCAAACCAUUUACUUGUUCAAUCUGUCCAAAAUCUUUCCGAAGUAAUUCAGACUUAAAGAAACAUAUGACAUUACAUACUGGUGAAAAGAAGUACCAGUGUGAUACUUGCGGAAGACAGUUUAGAUUUGGGAAACUUCUCAACAUGCAUUUACGUGUCCAUUCUGGUGAAAGGCCUUAUUCCUGUGAAUUAUGUGGAAAAUGUUUUGCACGCUACAGUGGUUUGGCUACACAUAAGAAAUCUCAUGCAGAAUUACGUGCAUAUCAAUGUGAAAUCUGCAGUAAAUUGUUCAAGAUAAAGCACACCUUGCAGCGUCAUAUGAAAAUUCACAGUGGAGGGAAACCAUUUGUUUGUGAUGUUUGUGGCAAAUCCUUUAAUCAGAAGGGAAAUUUACAAACUCAUUAUCGUAUACAUACCAGAGAGAAACCUUUUAAAUGUCCAAUAUGUGGAAAGGCGUUUAUGUAUAGUGGCCUCUGUAAUGAUCAUAUUAAGUCCCAUAAUCAACAACAACUACAGCCUACAGAGCAACAACCUGAUUACAAUGAUUAUAGUCCUAUUCCAGUUCCUCCACCUCAGCUGCCAACAUUACCCCCACACCCUUCAUCAUCACAAUUACACUUUGAUAAAUAUAAUAUACCUAACCUGUCACAGCCAAUGUUUCCUAUGAAUUUAUCUGGAGUAGAUUUCUCAGGAAGACAUGAUAUGCCUAGUAUGGUACCUUAUAGUCAAGCCAGAAUGUAA